GGUUGUUUUGAUUUUUGAACCCUUCACAGCGAAUCAAAAAUCAUAUAAAAAAACCCAUCGCGAGGGAUUUUCCAGGGAAAAUACACGCUCGCUCAGAGAAGAAAAGUCCGAGAAAAUUUGAUUAACUUGUAAUAAGCGGAAAAUUAGUGGUAUAAAAGCCUGAUUACUGCGAUUAAUCUCGAUUCUCAUACAGCAUUAGAUCUCCAGACGCUGUCGAUCUCCAAAUCUCGGAUUCGAGAUUCAUAUUGGACCAGCUACAUUACGUCCAAGAUCCUUGUCAACUAGUUGUGCAAGUUGCUGGCUAGUCUCGUCAUUAAGGUUAACAGGGUAUGAUGGUAAAAGAAAGAAAUCAAAGAUGCUUUGAGAUACGGCUGUGAUGCUUUUACCUUACUUGAAGACAGGUCGUGCAUGGCUACAAGGCACAAGGGACAUUCUAAUAAUGUCUGGGUCUCGACGGCGACCUCAUUUAAAGAGGCCAGUGUGGAUUAUUGUUUUGGUAUCUUUGGUGAGCAUCUUCUUGAUUGGUGCCUAUGUUUACCCACCGAGAAGCUCUGCAGCUUGCUAUUUCUUUACAUCAAGUGGUUGUACCAUCUUCGAACAACCUCCUGUUAUACCUUCCAGGGAACUGACUGAUGAGGAGACUGCCAGUCAGGUUGUAUUUGAGGAAAUUUUGAAAAAAGCUCCUACUCAAUCUAAGAAUCCAAAAAUAGCUUUCAUGUUUUUGACUCCAGGGACUUUACCUUUUGAGAAGCUGUGGGAUAAGUUCUUUCAUGGCCAUGAAGACAGAUUUUCAGUUUAUGUACAUGCAUCUAGGGAAAAACCUGUACAUGUGAGCCGGAACUUUGUUGGUCGAGACAUUCACAGUGAUAAGGUAGCCUGGGGAAAGAUAUCAAUGGUUGAUGCGGAGAAGAGACUGUUGGCACAUGCACUCCUAGACCCUGAUAACCAGCAGUUUGUUUUGUUGUCGGAUAGUUGUGUGCCUUUGCAUAACUUUGACUAUGUAUAUAACUAUCUCAUGUUCACAAAUGUCAGCUUUAUUGACUGUUUUGAGGAUCCUGGUCCACAUGGAAAUGGAAGGUAUUCAGAGCAUAUGAUGCCUGAAGUUGAAAAGAAGUAUUUUCGGAAGGCUUCACAGUGGUUCUCCAUGAAGCGGCAGCAUGCCAUAAUAGUUAUGGCAGACAGCCUAUAUUACAGAAAAUUUAAGCUUUUCUGCAAGCCGAACAUGGAUGGACGCAACUGCUAUGCUGAUGAGCAUUACUUGCCGACUCUAUUUCGUAUGAUAGAUCCAGUUGGCAUUGCAAAUUGGUCAGUAACACAUGUUGAUUGGUCUGAGGGAAAGUGGCAUCCAAAAGCAUAUAGGUCUCAAGAUGUUACUUAUGAGCUUCUUAAGAACAUUACAUCCAUCGAUGAAAACAUGCAUGUUACAAGUGAUUCCAAGAAGACAGUGACUGUCAAACCUUGCUUAUGGAAUGGAAUGAAGCGGCCUUGCUAUUUAUUUGCCCGGAAGUUUUAUCCUGAAACUCUGGAUAGAUUGUUGUUCCUCUUCUCCAAUUAUACAACAGUUUAGGACUUGUCUGUCAUUUCUAUUCUUCUAUUGACGGGGAGCUGCUGCUCACCUGUAGCCCGCAGCUAGUUAUGUUAUAUAGUCUUAGGAUGUAAAGUGGCCAUGAUGUAGAUUUUCCGGCGCCGCAUUUUGAUGGAAGUUUCAAAAUGAAGAUUAGUGGCGAUAUAUUUAGGGUCUGCUUGACUUGGAGGUUGUCGGCUUGCUUCUUGUUGCCACUUCCCCUUGGGUUGACUGAUUUACAAUUUUGUGCUCUUUUUUUUUUUUGGUUACAAGUCUCCAUGAUUAUUCAAAAAUUCAGUUUAUACUACAGAGUUUUUGUUGUUUCCGACCCGUUAUUAA